AUGGCUUACAUUAAGUAGAAGAUUUCUUAAAAUUAAACUAAUAUACUGUCAGAACCUACUUCUGGUUCAAAUAUGUGGUAAGAAUUCAUUUAAUGGUUUAGAUAAAAUAAAAGAUUGAGUGUAGGAUAUGCUAAAGUUUUCCGCUAUUUUAUUAUUAAAGCAUCAAGAAUAAAGUUUUUGGUUAGCCUUUAUAUAAUUAUUAUGCAUCUUUUAUUUUUGUUUAAAGCUUAUUAUUAAUUAAAACUAUUAUAAGACUCUUUCUAAUGGAAAAAGAUCCUAAAUCGUAACUAUAUUUUUUUAUCCCUCUAAAUCAUGCCUACUUUUUAUGAUAGUCAUCAAUAUUUAAAUUGUAGUAAAAUCUCUUUUAAAAGAUAUUGUUUUUUAAAAAUUACCAAUCUGGAAAGAUUUUAUUUUGUGGCAAAAGUGUUUGUGCUCAUGAACCUUCUAAGAAGUAAGUAUUUAAAGUAUUGUCUAACGUAAAGAUGA